GCCUAUAUGAUUGAUAGACGAGGUAGAAAUGCGCGAUUUUUUCACAAAUAUGUGCUCAUUACGAAAUCAGAUAUUUGCUUUGAGCUUAAAUGAUUACGGAUACUAGAAUAAACUCAUUGUUUCCUCCGUCCUCCCAGUGUCUCCAUCCAGAUCAAGAGAUCUUACCCGCUCGAUAACGCCUACGUUCUUUCAGCAAAAUAGUUUACAAGUUGUCCCACAAUUCAGUAGCUGUUCCACGUUGUGGAUCUUGGAUAGUUGUUCCAUUUUCUCACGAGAUCAACAUUCCUAAAUGUGAUAGUUGCAGUGCUACACAUUCGUCUAGCCUGGGCGGCUAAUGUGUAAACGAAGGUAUAAGGGAGAUCUGUUCCCGGCUAAUCGGUAUUUCUCGGCUUGGAACUGGGAUUCCUGAUGCAUGCCAUGAGCAGGCCUGUAACAAUCUUGAGUCCAAAUGUUUUCUCAAAAAGCCAAGCCAGUGAAAGGUGUGAAUGACGCACGAGUCAAGACACAUCCUUCAAUUCGUGCCAGACUCGACACAUCAUUGGGAUUGAUCCAUGAUUAACGGAGGCACAGGUCCAAUUCGUCGCACAUUAUGAGUUCGAGCCUCAAUUUGGAAGGAGGCCUCUUACGCCAGGAAGAGAUUGUCCUUCACAACAUGAAUAAAACCACCCCCACCAUGACACAGAGCACCCCUCAAAAUGGAUCGUCCAUUUUGGACUCGGAUCCCUUCCUCAAGACCUUCUACUGCGUUUGUGUUCCCAUCAUUUUCACAGCCAGUCUGGUCACAUUCAUCAUGAACGCAUACAUCAUGUUGGCAUUCCCGUUGGUGAAGAAUUUGACCCGAGUGACAAGGCCUUACAUGACAUUUGUCUUCUCCCUGGUGGUUUCGGACGCAUUUUCUUCCUUCUUAUUGGCAUUCCAGCUCUUGUUCGCCUCUUAUCUUCCCAUAGUUCACAAGAUCACCUUGAGUGACUGUUUCUUGUUGCUUUUCGAGGUGCUCAAAAUGAGUGGGAUCGUGGUGACCGUUUGGCAUCUUCUCAUCAUGGUGUCAAUUCAUUUGUCGGGAGUCGUAAACCCGGUCAAAUUUAAAGAGUUUCUUACACUCAAAGUGGCUCGUUUGUGUGUGUUCGCCCUUUGGGUCUUUCCACUGAGUGGGAUGUUGAUCGUCUUCAGUGUGGUUCCUCAGCAAGGAUUUCGGUCCCAUAAAUGUUCGGACCAUUCGGCCCUUCAAGAUAUUUGGUUUCGAUUCAUUUUCAGCUCUUUCAUUCUCAUCCCCACCAUUUUGAUCGUGUUUCUUUAUUGCACAUUCUUAUACAUCAUCUGGCGGAGGGAUAUCAGCAUGAACUCGAUUUGUCGGCAGAAUAUUCGUGCCUCCAAGAUCACGUUCCUCAUCAUGUUGACGUGUGCCAUUGGAUGGAUGCCCGCGGUGUUUCUCAAUCUCUUGAUCUGCAAAGAAGGAUGCAUUUUUGAACUGGAAAAUAUCUCGAAUCCUAUCAAACUCAGCCUUCACGGGAUAAGUUAUGCCCUCAUCGUGGCCAAGUCUUUCAGUGACCCGUUAAUCUUCGCCUUCCGCCAAGUCAACAUCAAGAUGGCUGUCCUUCACUUGUCCCACUUGCUUCUGUGUCAGGAGUUUCACAUUCAUAAUCGCUUGGACCUUCGGAAUGAUUCCCAAUCUCGCUCUUCCAAGCGGCUCUUGGGUCGGACCAGCAAUUAUGGGUCGUCAGUACGGCAAGAGUCAACUAGAAUAUCAACGGAAAGAAGAAGUCUAGCUGCUCCGCAAGAAAACUUCCCGAUGACCUGAGGGCUGUUUCAGCCAUCAAAAUGAAUUCGAAUCGAAAUUAUACAUAUAAGUAAUGACGAUGCCAAUGUUCCCAUGGCACAAAGAAUUGUUUUGUAUUCCAGGUAUUUCUCAUAAAAUUGUAACAAUGCACACCGAUUCAACACCACUUGUCAUACUGUGCUUGCGAGUUUGACUAUGAACUACUAUGCUGUGAGACAUUCGUCCUAUCUUUAUUUCCGAUAUGGGCUUCCCGCAAUAACUUUGGCUCUGGCAUUAAACUACCACAAUGGGUCUGGA